CAUUAGAGGCUAGUCCUUUUUUACAGUUAUAUUAUCGACUUAUACAGUAUAGUCUUUGUCUCUUUACCACACUCACUACCCAUUCACAUCAAAAUGCGUUCUGCUGCAGCUCUCGCUUUGCUCGGCUCCAGUGCCCUGGUUGCCGCAGCUCCUAGCAAGUCUACCAAGACUACCAAGAGCAGUGCUUCGACCUGCACUUUCACCUCUGCUGCCUCUGCCAGUGCCAGCAAGGCCUCUUGCUCCAACAUUGUUCUCAGCGGUAUCACGGUUCCCGCUGGCGAGACUCUCGACUUGACUGGCCUGACCAGCGGUACCACUGUCACCUUCGAGGGUACCACCACUUUCGAGUACAAGGAGUGGUCCGGUCCCCUCAUCAGCGUGUCCGGUACUGACAUCACUGUCACCGGUGCCUCCGGUCACGUUAUUGACGGAAAUGGUGCUAAGUGGUGGGACGGUGAGGGCUCCAACGGUGGUGUCACCAAGCCCAAGUUCUUCUACGCCCACAGCCUGAAGCAAUCGACCAUCAAGGGCCUCAACGUCCAGAAUACCCCUGUCCAGGCUUUCUCGAUCAACAGUGCCACUGACUUGACCCUCGAGGACAUCACCAUCGACAACAGUGAUGGAGACACCGACGACCUCGGCCACAACACUGACGCUUUUGAUGUUGGUUCUUCCACCAACAUCCGCAUCAUCGGUGCCAACGUCAAGAACCAGGACGACUGCCUGGCCAUUAACUCCGGUACCAACAUCGAAUUCACCGGCGGUACCUGCUCUGGCGGCCACGGUCUGUCCAUCGGCAGUGUUGGAGGUCGCACAGACAACACCGUGGAUGGUGUUUACAUCGCCGACUCUACCAUCAGUGACUCCCAGAACGGUGUUCGCAUCAAGACCGUCUACGACGCCACGGGCACUGUCAACAACGUUACCUACACUGGCAUCACCCUUAGCGGCAUCACCAAGUACGGUAUCGUCAUUGAGCAGGAUUACGAGAACGGCUCCCCUACCGGAACCCCCACUUCCGGUGUCCCCAUCACCGACCUCACUGUCAGCGAUGUAACCGGUACCGUCAGCGGCGGAACUGAUGUCUACAUCCUUUGCGCUUCCGGUGCCUGCUCCGACUGGUCCUGGUCUGGUGUCUCUAUCACUGGUGGCUCUACCAGCUCCAAGUGCUCCAACGUCCCCAGUGCAGCUUCGUGCUAGACGAUCUCUGACUUGAAGCUAUGAAGGAAACAGUGGAUCGGUUAGGAUUCUGGAUAUACUGUACAUGGCAUUUAUUUCUAGAGGUUGGACCUCAAUUUGUGAGUGUUCGUUCCUCAUCUUUUUGUAUAUAUUUAGACAGCGUUUUGCACAGCUGCUGGCACAUAAAAAAAUCAACUGCAUAGUUCUGGCGUCAAUAAAUACUAUCUGCUUGUUCCGAGUAUUCCGGCGAGAACCCUUAAUUCCCGUUCCAUGGUGUAUUUUGCAGAAGUGGCAAAUGCGAUUGACAGUAUUUUCAUGAUGAUUGUGGGGGUGGGGGCUCCGUGCCUCACUUUGUUGACAACAACACGGAAAUAUCGGAGUUAUGAUCUAUGUAGAGACAUUGGCAAC